AUGAGCAGGAACAAAGUCUAUGCCCAACUCGUCAAAGAGACUGAUUCUCCUGAACUGGAGCCGCAGACGGAGGAGGCCCGAUGGGUUACAGUGUCGGAGAGAAGCCUCCCAUUAUCGGAGGAUGACCUGAGAAGGUUUGCAGAGCCAGGGCGUUUCAUGCUGAGUACUGCCGGUGUUCUCGCUCUUAGCAGAGAAAUUGACAAGAUAUUGGACGGUAUGAUUAAGAUACUGCAAGGACCUGAGGUUGAAGGGGAUCUCCAGCCGGGUGCUCUUCAAAAUCUUCCCAGAGAGAUAGAGCAGAUACGGAGCCGAAUUGAAUCAGGCAGAAAGGUUGUACAACAACAGAUUCAAACGGUGACUGACCUCGUUGAAACAGUGAAAAAGGAGGGGGAAAACCUUGUUGAGAACCUUGAACUCGCACUGCAGACCCUUCCUCCUCUAUUGGACCGUGCACGCACAGCUUUAAACGAGCUCUCUGCAACAACCAUUGAAACCAGCCUCAUAAAGCUCUCCCUUCUCCGAACAGAAACUGAAAGCAAACUAUAUGGCCACAGCGGGAGUUCAACCUCAGGUCGCACCUCAAUGGCCAAGGCAGUGGCAGCUGCCUAUGUUCGCAUGCGAACGCAGGAAAGAGAACUCAUCAAGGAGGAUAAGAGUCUUGGAGAUCAGCUAAAGGAAUACCAGGAUCUGAUCCAACUGGUGGACGGAGGUCGGCAGGGAGGGUUUCAACAGGUCGUUGACGAUUGGGUCCGUGUCAAACGGGAAUCUGAAGAAUGUAGACGAGACUUGCGAAGACUAGGGUGGGCUGGAGACAUCCCUUCCUAA